AGAGAGGAGAGAGAAUAAUCAUACAUUCAUAUGAUACUCACAACAAAAAGAACUAAAUAAAUAAAAAGAUAAAAAAUAUGCAAUUAUUAUUAAUAUAAUUUCAUCUCCUUUUCUUAUGCUUUUCAUUGUCUGAAUUUUCACCAACUAUAUAUCUAUUUCUAUCUAUCCAUCAUCAUAAUUCACAAAGCUUUUGUGGCCAUUUGUGUUUGCUCUGUUUAUAAUUAAUUUCAUUUUUAAAUAAACAAACUAUUUGAUUUUGAUCAAUUAAUGUGCUGAAUUUGAUGCUAUGGAUGAUUCAAAUUCGUUGAAUUCGUGCUCGAUUUGCCUCGAUUUGGUCGCCGAUUCUAAGGAACGAUCUGUUGCUAAGCUCCAAUGCGGCCACGAGUUUCAUCUCGAUUGCAUUGGUUCGGCAUUUAAUAUGAAGGGAGCAAUGCAGUGCCCUAAUUGCCGUAAGAUUGAGGGUGGUAGAUGGCUAUAUGCAAAUGGCUCUUCUCGUUCGUUGCCUGACUUUGGCGUUGAUGACUGGACUUUUAGCGAGGAGCCUUUUGAGUAUAGUUUUCCUGAAAUGCCAUUUGGAGUACACUGGUGCCCAUUUAGUAGAUUGACAGGAGUCCAUUCAUCAUUCGAGGAAGUGGAUCCACCAUCAACCACUUAUCACGAAUUACAAGGAAACAAUGCCAUAUUUGCUGAACAUAUCGCUGCGUCAACUCUGGCCCAUUCCCAUGUUGCCUAUGCCCGACCUAUUCCCCGUGCUAUAUCAAAUGCCAGCGAGAAUGUGGAUGACCACACCCUCAGUCAUCGCAGAAAUGCACAAUCUGGACAUAACGAGAUCUAUAACUCUAACGUCUUCCCUCCUAUGAAUGUUCAGUAUCAAAGUUGGGGUCAUCAUUCACCUCCAAUCUCUGCUAGGAACCAUCGUAAUGGAGUCGAUCAAGCUUCAGUUCCUCCAACGCUGAGAUCGGCUAGGGUUGAGGCUGAUGCUAUAACAAGAUCUGGGCCUUUUGCGCGUCCCUUCCUUCACGGUCAUGGUUCUUUUCCAAGAGCUAGAAGUCCAUUCGUCCCUUCACUUAAUCAUCCGGGCAAUAUUACUCGGGCCCAUGAUAGGAUCCAGGUUUCCCAUGUCAGCCAUCAUUCACAAGGCAAUCCUACGAAUUUGAUAUCACCUAUCGUGCCUGCUGUCAGAAGAUUCAGUGGUCCACGGGGAUUGCCUCUCAUGAUGCCGGCUCUCCCUCAUGCAGAUCAUCAAGGUGGCUUCUAUAUCUUUCCUCCAGGCUUAUCAGGCCAAAACCUACAUGAAGCGGAGAACAGGGACCACUUAUCUCGUUUCCCAGUUGUCUUACUUGAUAGGGACCAAGGUUGGGGAUCCAUGCGACAUGCUUCGGGUGGUAUAGAUUCCAGCAACAGGUCUGGCAACUUUUGGCGGCAAUGGUCAUAAAAGGCUUGGCCCCACUUUGUUGCAAGACUUCUAUCAACCAUUACAGUGCUUGAAACUUGCUUACAAACUGUGAAAAGUUCACAUUAAAAUCUGCAAGCAUGUCUUUAAGUUUUCAAACAGUAUAUUUUUACGCACCAUGUGAUCCCAAACUGAAACCUAUGUUGCCAACCAUGUGGUCUGCAUAACAUUGGUGCCCAUUUAGAGCACUGUGGCUCCUAUAUAACUGUUGCUUGGGUUGUGAGGACUAAUUAUUGGCAAAAACAUUUUUUGCUAUGGAAUUUGGCUGUUUGUUUGCAAAAUGAAGCCAUCUGCAUGAUUUGCAUGUUUCAACUUUCUAGUUCAUGAAUGAUGGUUUAAUGUUAUUAUGGAAGUCAAGCAUAUAUAUAUAUUGUGUUUGUUUCUUGGUC